CGCAUUCACUGCUGCUCCCUGCGACGCGCUGAGUGCGGAGCGACGAGACGCGCUGCAUACCAACAGAGACAUACGGGAGCAGGCUAAUUAAGCUCAAGCGGCGACUGGUCAGGACGCGCAGACCCCAUCCUGUUCUCCGAGAACCAACAAAAAAGCAUAUUUCUGUCAAGUCAUUGGACAGUUUAUAUUUUAUCAUUUCUUCACAUGCAUUUUCUAAAAUAUUUUCCUUCAAGGCACUGAGAGCCAAACUAAGUGUCUGGGAUAUUUGUUUUGUUUUUUUCCCCUGGUUGACAGAGUCUACACAGGAGAAGACAAACAGCCCUCUUCGCCUAUCUCUCUCUCCGACGCGGGUCAUCAAAAGGAAAAGUCCAGUGGAUAAGACUUAUGUUUUUUUUUGUCCAGUCACAUGUAGAAGUGUUGGACUAUUGCUGUUGACAUUCAUCCACUGGGUCGGUUUUUUAUACACAGAUUCCCCGCAACGCCGCGAUAAAGGAGGAAUACCAAGGCAUUUGGCUGCAAAAACAAGCAGAAAAUCAAUCAGAACUCCAUCAUGGGCUGCCCCCUCUUGCGGAACGCGUUUGCUGGUUUGAUCCUGGUACUGCUGUCGAAAGCGUCCAGUGUGCACGGAGCAGAAUUCGGACACCUGCCGGACAACAUUACAGUGUUGGAAGGAGAAAGCGUCACUUUGAGAUGUCGGAUCGACGAGGAGGUGACCCAUAAGGCCUGGCUGAACCGCUCUAACAUCCUCUUCACGGGGACAGACAAGUGGUCACUGGACAAGCGUGUGACACUGGCCAACAGUAACAACAGUGACUUCUCCAUCCACAUCGACAAGGUGCAAGUUACUGACGAGGGGCCUUACACUUGCACCUUCCAGGCCAAUAACAAGCCCCGUGUCGCCCACGUCUACCUCAUUGUCCAAGUGCCGGCCAGAAUCGUCAACAUCUCAAAAAACGUGUCGGUGAACGAAGGAGAGAAUGUAAACCUCUACUGUCUUGCAGUGGGUCGGCCUGAGCCCACUGUCACCUGGAAAGACCAGAAAUAUGGGUUGGUAAGUGACGGGGAGUUCCUAGACAUCACAGAGAUCAAGAGGCAGCAGGCCGAGGACUACGAAUGCAUCACCAACAAUGGAGUGGCUCCACCCGAUCAGCGCAAGGUCAGGGUCACGGUCAACUACCCUCCCAUGAUCACAGACAUGAAGAACAUGCCAGCCCAUUUGGGUAAGACGGCAAUCUUGCGCUGCGAAGCCAUGGCAGUCCCACCAGCCUCCUUUGAGUGGUACAGAGAUGACCACAGGCCGGUAGAGAGUGACAACACCCUGAGGAUCAAAAACGAGAAGACGCGCUCGCUGUUGCUGUUCACCAAUGUGACAGAGAAACACUUUGGCAACUACACCUGCUUUGCCGCAAACCGUCUAGGGGCUUCCAACGCCAGCAUGCUGCUGUUUCGGCCAGGGGCCAUACAAGGGCGAGGGACUGGUUUACAUGCAGGGAUGAGUGUCGCCGUGAGUGUUUGGGUUUCCCUCUCUGCUGUUCUUCUGCUGAAGGUGUAAAGAUUGAGCUCCACCUGGAAUUGUCCCUAAACGUCCUUGAAAGCCCCCCACCCCCUCUUCCUCCCUCUCCCCCCCUCUACGGAAGGAAGAAGGAAAUUAAAUUCUUUAAUUACGAACCCAUCACUGUGAACAAAAAGAAUAUGCAUUAUUCCAGGAGCCAUUGAAUCAUUGCAUCAAACACAUGACCACAUUAACCACCGACCCCCCCCCCCCCUCCCAAAACCCCUUCACCCUCAAUUCAAUAUGAGGUCAAACCAUUGUCAUCAUCUCACAUACACACUGUGUCUCUCUCUCAGAAUGCCUUGCAGAUUUGUCUGACUUGGUACUUCCCUCCUCAUCUUGUUUCCCCCCUCAUUAUUACCACUGGCCUGAUGAUAGAGAGUGUAUAUUAACUGAUUAUUGUGUCAGUGAUCAAUGAGAAAAUAGAUAAUCUAACAAGUGGACGAUCAUUAAUGUAAUAUACUACAUAGACUAAUGACUGACCUACAAUGUUUGCCUUAUGGAAAUGAUACAUAAAAUCUCAAUAUUAUGGUGGAUAUUUAUGGAAAUUAUAGUUAUAAUGUGGUACUGACGGUCGCAUGACCUUUUGAAAAUUGUCCAAUUGGUGGCCAUGUGAAGUGUCAUCCUCUGAUCACACCUACACACACACACACACACACACACACACACACACAAACAGACAUGUAUGGCUUUUUGAUUUUAACUGUUGAGCAGUGAAGCUGCUAUGAAUGAUGUCAAAAUGUAUUUAAAACAAAAGGGUGGGUGGUGACGGCGUCGGUCUUAACUACCCCUUUAUGUAAUUUGGGGGGUUUAUUACCAAGGUUUCGCAUGUAGACCCCCUCACUACCCAAACCUUUUUAGCCCCCUGCCCCGUCCCCUCUGUUCAAUGUGCUCUGUCUAGUCGCCCUUUGCAUCGCUAUAGUGUUCUCUGCUCCGUGUCACCCCUCUCCUCCAUCCGUCUUCCUCCCCAGUGUAAAUAUAUGCAGUACAGAGGCCACGCUGGCAACCUCAAGUUGCCUGGCGCUGAACAACUUCUCCCAUCAGCCUCAAAUACGCUCCAGUUUUCUGAAGCAGCACAAGACUUUCCAGUGACAACAAUAUCUUCUGUUUCGAAGCUGCGACUCCAUCCUCUUCGUCGCUUGUUGAUAGCAUGUACCGGUUAGAAAUGUUCCUGUUGUGAGUCCAUACUCCCUUCACUCACUCUCUCUCUCUCUCUCUCUCUCUCUCUCUCUCUCUCUCUCCCUCCCUCCCUGCACUGUGUCUGUUUUACUCUGCAAGGUUACCUGCUUUUACUUUUUUGGUGUUAAUAAUAGUACAGAUGAUGAUGAUGUUAAUAAGUAUUUGAAUAACUUCAUGUGAGAAAAAAAAAGAACAAAAUCUGAUGGUAAUGAGCCGUGCGUGGGAAAAAUGUUUUUUGUACUUUCUGAGAAAUCACACACAUUGAACGACUACAAUGAAGAAAAAAAAACACAUGUAAAGUUUUCGAAGUGAUGUGCUCUAUUUUGCCAUGACAAGCUUUUUAAAAACACAUUUGAAACAGUGUGAGGGAUUAUGUCAUCCAAGUCCAGAAGCAGUGAAUGAUGAUGUAAUUUAUCAUUUGUAACAGUUUGCGUAUUGGACUCUUUUUUUGUCAUGCUGUUAACUGCAUCACACACACACAUUUACAGCAUAUUUGUCCACUUAUCAUAGUGUGUCUUUCUCCGAGCAGCUAGAUAAAUGAUUUGGAUCCAUGUCAGUCUGGGAUCGUGGCUGUAAGUCGGUUCUUGUUCGUCCAGACCACAGGGAGAUAAAGAUGUAAUUAGCCAUUACCUGUGGCUGGCUAAGUGAAGGAGCCUGGGCUCCACCUGUCCCUCCUGCCAGCCAGUGAUGGCCCCCAUAAAUCAAGCUCAAUCCUGCCACUGACAGGAUUCCUCUUCAAGGACAACCUCGCCUUGGUGCACCGGUCCUCCCUCCAAUGUACCUGUGACAUGCAGGCAUGGGCACUACAAAACCCCCAUGGCACAAUUAUCCAUCCACUACCCCCGCACAGCACAAACAGUGGGAGGUAAGCCCAUUUUUCAACAUAGUGGCACUCGUUUCUCCACUGAAACACUGUUCCACUCACAUGCAGCGACUAUAUGCAAAUUUGCCAUAAUGAGCCUGCACGCAGAGAUGAGUUUACCCCGGCUGAACCCUGACUACUGCGACCUUAAAGGGGAAUUACUCAGUAUUGAAUCAGUUGUCUGAAUGUGUUUUUUUGAUUUUGUUUCAAACCAGCAAUAACCCCUACUGUGCAAGAGGUAUCAAAUAUGGUUAAAGCUGUGGUGUAAUAUCUGAAAAGAUUACAUUAACAAGUUAUAUCAAAUAAGUCUGUUGUUGUACUUUUACGGUGUACAGUACUCUGAAAUGAUUGUGAAGCUCUGUUUAAAUGGCCCUUAAUCUAAAACACUACGUGUUGUACUCAAAAAGUCUUGCCCUCUGCGAUGUAGUCGGGUUGUCUGUGUGACAGAACACACUGUUUGUGCAUGUAUCUUGUUCCAAAAAUAAUGACGGAUACCAUUUCAAGCACAAGAGCAGGUCGUUUUUUUUCUGUCUCAGUCACUUUUACGUCUCAGUAUCUCGGUCUUUCAUGCUGUAUUUUAUUUUCACUUUUUCUGUUUCCCACUCAAAUACUGUACACUGUUCCAUUUCAACGUCCCACUGGGUGUGUCAGUGGCAUAUAACAUAUGUAUGUACAUAAUCUGUCCUUGAUGAUGAAAAAAAAACAAAAAAUAGAAGAUGAAAAAACACGGACAAAAAAUAACACUGUCAUGUUUCUCAAUGUGGGUUUGAAAAAAGCACGUCAAUGUUCGUGUAUGGGUGGAUUUUGAAAAAAAAAAAAGAAACAAGCAAACAUUGUAUGUUGUGUUCAGGUUUAUGGGGAAAGGGUCCAGGGGAAGGGGAAUUCGGGCAACUUGACUUGAAAUCGUGGAGUAGUAAUAAACAGUAUGUGGGCAUUUGUACAAACAAGCAGCAAAAGAACAUGUUUUCAUGAGUCAUGAUGUAUGUAGAUGAAUCACACUUCUGGUGUGAGUGAGGAGAACUGGAGAGGGUGUGGGCAAGGAGGCAGCAGAUCCCCUGGGUGCACAUCUUGAGGGUAGAAGAGGAUGCUGUUGAGAGAGCACCCGGUCCGACAGGCCUGUGGGAGGAAACCCUGACAAUGCAAAUCCAAAAGCUGAGAGCCAGGGGGAGAUGGGAUGACACUCACCAGACUGUGAACCCUCCAGUUAGGGGAAGAAGACAGACAGGCGCUCAUAUUGCAUUUCCAAACUUGAGCGCUGUGGUCCUUCCCAGGGGAAGGUGUACCACACACUAUUUAUGGUUGCACUAUGUAAUAUGAAUAGCAUUAACAUAGCCUUGAUCACAAACACAGUCUGGCCUACUUCAAGAGUAUAAAUAACAUCCCAACUGGGGAUCAAUGAGUUUACAGUGAUAUAAACAAGACGUUUGCUCAGCCUCUAAUUACAUUCGGUGCACCCUGAUGAGAAAGUGUUGAUUGGCUCCUGCAGCUGAAGGUUAUGAUCUGUUUACAGAAUCUUUGUUAAUAAGGUGCCAUGAAGCUGUUGUUUUAAGCUCCCAAAACUAGCUCGUAGUGCCAGUUUACAGUGUAUAGCGUUGUUUUGCACUUUAAUAGCUGUACAUUUGUUUAUGGUAAAAUUUAAUUAAUGGGUUUACACAGGUGGAAAAGGAGGUGAAUGUAUAUAGUUGUAAAUUAUUAGCACUUUUUGUUUUUGUUACCACAUCUGUGUAGUAUUUCGACAUGGAUUUUAGGAAUAGGGCUGAAAAACAGUUUUGGAGCACUGUGCUUUUUCUGAGAGGAGUCAGGUAAUUAAGCUUUGGAUGUAAGGACAGAGGCGCACGUCGUUCUUGAACUGUCGCAGUGAUAUAGUAAAAUAAUUAUGGUGCUUCAAAGUAAAGACUGUAUAAUAGCAAAAGAAGCGUAGGCCAAGAGAAUGUUUGAAUGUACUGCUUUUUUAAUUUCGUAUGUGGCAGGCUCAUGCUGUAGCUUUUCCUACAACACUCUCCCUACAUAGAACAGAUCCCGGACCGACUUUCAAUUCAGAAUGCAAUGGUUAAUCAAUACAUUCGACCGAAUGGCUUUGGAAUAGAGCAAUUUCUCCCCGGCCUGCCUUACCAGGUCCCCAGAAGCUAAAUUGAUCAAGUGUCUAUAGACCAGCCUUAGAACAGAGAGCAUAAUUCAUCUUGCCUGAUACAAGACACCCCUAAUUGCGCAUCGAUUUUAAACCCUUCUCUGAAACUAUUUGGGCAAGCUGUAAUGUCAGCUCAGUAAACUAUGUGUUCAGAGCUACGGUUCAGAUCCAGGGAAUGAAGAAUUAAUCAUUUGUUUUUCUUUUUAAGUCAAGCCAUGCUGGUGUUUGUUUUGCUACAUAAUAUAUUGUUAACCGUACAUGCUCCCUGGGCUUUUACACUAUGUGCAAUUUAGUGGGUGCUGUAAAGUUACAUUAUAUUUUAUUAGCAAUGACAGAGAUGUAACCCGGAUUAUUUCACAACUGCCAGUGUCAGCAGCUAUCGACACUGUGUAUCUAGAGGCUUAUGUCUGGAUGUAAAACACACAAAGAUAAAUAUGUGAGCGCACAAUUCAAUUGUACAAAAUUAUAUUUAACAGAUUAUAAUUAUAUAACGAGAAAUUGCAAACGUUGCGGCACAAGAGUGAGUAUACCAAAAGGCUACGCUACGCAUAGUGACAAUUAUAUAUGAAUGAUUAUCGAUGCUCUAAAUCCCCUGCUCACGUCCUUUACAGCAAAGCAUGCCUAAUUCCCAUGUAUUAUCUUAAUUAUCCACUGUUUACCAACUAUCUACAGGCUCAUUCAGUUCUCAUGGGCAAAGUCCAUGUUGCAAGUCUAUUAAAGCUCAGUACCUUUCCAUUACGGCAGCUAAUGAGUGCAUUAGAAUACAACAUGCUAGACGGGUUUGAGAUGAGGAAAGUCUCCAUAACAGUGAGCAUGAGCACACGUCAGGUGUUUGAAAUGGCAUCAGAUUCGUUCAUUAAAAAUCCCCAUGACAGUUGCAGGGUGUAGGUCUAGAUUAGGAUUAGUGUUCAAUAUUUGCUGUAGGUAGAUAGAUAGAUAGAUAGAUAGAUAGAUAGAUAGACAGAUAGAUAGAUAGAUAGAUAGAUAGACAGAUAGACAGAUAGACAGAUAGACAGAUAGAUAGAUAGAUAGAUAGAUAGAUAGAUAGAUAGAUAGAUAUGCUGUGUUUAGUGUUAGUAAUUAGCUGAGAGUAGUUAAAUAGAUUCCUUAUACAUAUCAUUCAGUUCAGGUGUUCUGUAUAUAUUUUAAACCUCAGCUUGCAGCAAAGAUGGUGGGCCACAGAGACGCCAGCCUUGCCCUCCUUCUCACUGCGACCACAGAUGGCGUCUUGUCAAUCACUCACCUUUCUAAGAACAGGAGGCUAAUUAACACUGUGCUGCACUCCACCAGUUGAGCAACAGCAACGCUCGCAUGGACCCGGCAGGCAACACAAUGGAGGCAUCUCGCCCACCAUGUCUCCCCUAGUCAUUAAGUCGCCCACCUCACAUCUUCAACAUUGAAAGAGUCCCAUUACUUGGCCUGUCUGAAUCACCAGCCUACGCCUGGCAUUUUCCUCGUCAAUCAACCGAGGGGUAAAUAUUGGUUGUGGUGCUGAGAACUGACAGGGGGAACUUGGAUUUCAGCACCAACUGGUGUUUUUGUGCUGAUUUAUAUUGCAGUUAUGAGAUGGUAGGGCUGUGGUAAAGUCGGCGAUACGGGCUACAAGUGUUUUAUUACCGGGUAAGGUGCGCUGGAGGCUGAGAUACAUGACAGGAUGUAUGAUAGGGGCUGGGCAUGUGCUGUGUGUCUCAAGAGGGCAAAAACAGUGAACAGACUGCAGGAACCCUCACUGCAGAGUAAUGGAAAAUGUCUCAUUUGGUAACUAAUAACAAAAUUUACCAGAAGAGAACCCACCGUGUAUAAUUGAGGGAAUGAGUUUAGGUUAGUGUUGAAUGUUGGAACCAUCUCUCUCUCUCUCUCUCUCUCUCUCUCUCUCUCUCUCUCUCUCUCUCUCUCUCUCCCUCUCUCUCUUUCUCCUCUCCUUUUCUAAUUUUUAUUUUGCUCUGUCUCCCUCUACACACACACCCACACGCACGCAAGCAUGGACCCACGCACAAUGAGAUUUAGUUUCCUUUAUUCUUCCUGUCCUGUUUCUUUUUGUGUGGAGAUAACCUGUAAAAGUUCUGCCCUCCCACCCCUCAGUAAUCUAGGUUUGUGACACUUACCCCACUCUGACAUUGCUAAUAUAAAUGAUGUGUUAUUAUGUAUAUAUGUGUGUGUGUGUGUGUGCGUGUGUGUGUGUGUGUGUGUGUGUGUGUGUGUGUGUGUGUGUGUGUGUGUGUGUGUGUGUGUGAGUAAAUGUGUGUACCUUUGCAUCUGUGCGUAUGUGCGAGUGUGUAUAGACCUCCACAAUGAGCAUGAGUAAUUCAAGAGACUUCACAUGCAAGCAUCUUUGUGUGCGUGCGUGCGUGCGUGCGUGCGUGCGUGCGUGCGUGAGUGCGUGCGUGCGUGUAUUCUCUGAGGCACGUUUGGUUCAUUCAUAACACAGACCUGAAUUACAGCCAUUUGUUACAUUUAUCAAGGUUUCAUCAACAUAAACACAGAAAAAUAUAGAG